AUGUUGUUUAUUAUGACUUAUCAGUGAUUGUUGUGAUCAUUCGGACCUGGCAGUGGUGGGGUAUUCAGGUGAAGGGUAACGAAAUAGUGAUGGGGUGAGGUUAUAUUCAUUCCAGAAGUGAAAUCGAUUACAUAAAAGUGUAAAGACUGUUGUCAUUUUCAGGCAAUCUGUGGACACAAUUAAUUGUUCGUGUACGUAUGAACACCACAUUUCCAACGCUCAGCUGUUUCAUCACUACGAAACUUCAAAUAUCAACACUGACAUUACUAUGUAUUUUUCGUUGUUAUUGUCGCCGUGAUGGAUUGCAUGCCACAACGUAAGAGAUCACUGAUGUAUAUUAAAUCAUCGCUGGCAUCAUUAAAUCCAUAUGAUCUCCACAAGAAGCUCAUCAAUGAAUAUUUGUUAAGCCGUAAGGGCAGCACAUCACUGUUAAGAAGAGACAGGUCUCGAGAUAAAUGUGACAGUGAUGUUAUCCGGGAGAAUCAUCGGUUUCUGUGGGAUGAUGAUGAUAUUCCGGAUUCCUGGGAAGCCCAAUUAGCUAAGAAAUAUUAUGACAAAUUAUUCAAAGAAUAUUGUAUUUGUGACCUUAGCAGAUACAAGGAAAACAAGGUGGCUAUGCGAUGGCGUACAGAACAAGAAGUUGUUGUAGGGAAAGGCCAGUUUAGCUGUGGAGAAAAACACUGCUCAUCUAAGGAGGACUUACAUACAUGGGAAGUAAACUUUGGUUACAUUGAAAAUGGUGAAAAGAAGAAUGCACUAGUUAAAGCAAGACUUUGUACCAUGUGUUCAGAAAAAUUGAAUUACAAACAUAAAAGGCGUGAAAUUACACGCAAGAAAAAAAGAAGACUAAAAGGUCUUCCUGAAACCGAACCUCAUAAAAAAUUGCGAAAGGAUGAGGAUGAUGAUGAUAGGGACUUGAACCAGGAAUUAAAUCCAGAAAUAAAAGAAGAGGAUGAAAGUGCAUUGUGGAGAGAGGCUCAUCAGGGAACAGAAGAGAAAACUAGAGAUCAAGAGUUUGAAGAAUAUUUAGAGGAUUUAUUCAUGUAAUAUAAGCAUGUGAGUGGCACAGCCCUCACAGUGUUUUGUAUGUGAUAUAUUAUGUAUGAAUGUUGCAAUGUUUUCUUGUUAUGUGAAUAAAAUAUGCUAAAUAUGUCAA